AACGGCUGUACAAGACUGUCGCAGUCCAUGUUGCAAAACGGCAGCGGCAGUAAUCUAACAGCUUGCGAGAAAGCACCGUCUGCUCGGGUUGCUUGCGAUGCCUCUCUUAUAAAACCACCCCACGGCCCAGCCAUCCCGUUUGGACCCUCCUCUGCCAAUUCCCCUCCCGCACUUCUCAAUUGCUCCGCGCCGUCAGGUACCUUGCUCGCCCUCACGCUCCUGCGCCUGCGACUCCGACUCCUGCUCGCCGUCGCACCUCCACGCCGCCGGCAGCAUCGCCCGCACCGCCGUGGUCGUCGUCCGCCCCUGCCGUCCCUCUGCUGUCGCGCGCCUUCCAUUGUGCUCCGCGAGCAGAAGGCGCUCCCCGCAGCCCCGCCAAUCAGCGCGCCACGGAACCGCCCCGCCUUCCAGCUUCACCACCUGCGCGUCCUCGACCGCUCCCGUUCCACCACGCCCAAUUCGCCCGCCCGCCCCGCCCGCCGCAGACAUGUGUACUCGCGUGAUCCAUGUCUACGCAUGCAACCACCGAGUGGAAGAGAAGGCGCCGUGCGCGACAUCGAGAAGUGCAAAUUGCGGCGUCCUCAACACCAAGACGGUCAAGCACGACGAGAAAUGUGAUCAUUGUGACCACUGACAG